AGUUCUCAAUUGAUAUUCAUUGAAAUCUUUGAUUCUUCUGUGCACGAAGAUAUGAAUAAAUUUGUAGUUGUGAUUAUAUUUGUGAUAACUAGUCAUGCAUUGGGAGCAUUGAAGGGUGAAGGAGAUAGGAAGGAUUUGGCGGAAAGCAGAGGAUUUUUGAGUGCAAUCAGCGGUACGAUAAACUUACUCACCAACAUAGGAAGUGGAAUUGCGAAUGGAAUAAAACAAGCUGUAACCAAUGUUGCGAAUGUGAUAUCAAAUAAAGUUAAUCAGGCUGUUGGAGCUACGAGCAGUACGGUCAAUCAACUAAUACAAGUUCACAAUAAUUUACACGGAAAUACCACACAAGCAAUCCAGGGAAUAGCAAAUCAAGUACUUCAAGAAAUCUCCACUCAUGUAACCAUAACGAAGAACUUAACAACAGCAAUUGCAAAUGCAUUUGCAAGUCAUAUAAACAAGAAUUUAGCAACAACAAACUACACUCUAAACACAGUUGUGAGCCUUGUUGAAGGUGUCAUAGAUGCAGCUCAUCAGCACAUUGAUAUUCUCCUAAAAGGUGCCUCCAAUCAUACAGCAAUCAUCGUUGAGAGUGUAGGAGAUUUGGUAAAAGGAGUCGUAUCAACGCUCAAUUCAACAAAAAUAGGGCAAUUGCAUCAGCUACCAAAUCUUCUCCUAACAGGAGUUACAGAUCUCCUCACACAUCUAGUCAAUUCGACAGUUUCCUUGACAAAGGUCAACAUUACAAAGAAUCUCGUAUCAGCUUUCGUAAAGACUUCAGGGAAUGUUAUAGAUUCUAUAAUAGACGUCUUGCUGAUAGUUACUAAUAAGACAUCCAAUGGAACAAAGCAUAACUUUGGACACAGCUCAACGGCUUUGCUACAGAGCAUUGCAGGACUUCUGGAUAAUCUGGCGGACAUAACAAAGGUUGUUGUGAAGGGAGCUAAAGAUGUUCUAGUUGACAAAUUUGUCAAUAAAACUGAUGCUCUUGUAGCAGUUGUGGGUAAUAUAGCAGAUCUCAUAACUGAUCCUGCAAUAUCCUUCACUGAAUCACUUGUUGAUAAAAUCAACAUAACAUCAACGAUACUCGUUGAUAAGAUACACGAUGUUUUCGGGGCACUUUUCAACAUAUCAACUGAUGCAGUUGAAAAGAUUGUUGAUGGAGUACAUAAGACAGUCAAUGGAACUGCUGUGACGCUCCUCGGGAAGAUACCCAAAUUACAGAAACUCGUAACGAAUACAACGGAAAAGCUAACAACCAUACUAAACGAUAAGAUAAAGAAGCACAGCAAAACAUUAACGGCCAUAAUGCAAAAGAUAGGAACAAAUGGAACGAAACUGAUGGAUAAAUCUCUGGCUUCAAUCGGGAAAAUGCUGGGAAAUAUAACAAAUGGUUUCGACAACAUAAUUGUGGAUCUCUAUCAACUGUGGCAAAGGGAGUUAUUCAACUGGCUAACAAUGUCACAGGAAAACUGGGAGAGUUUGUUGCAGGAAAAUUAG